AGCACAGAUGUGUCGAGUCGGCAAAAAUCCGAGCCAAAUACCCUGACCGUGUCCCGGUCAUAGUGGAGAAGGUCUCAGGAUCUCAGAUCGUUGAUAUUGACAAGAGGAAGUACCUAGUUCCAUCUGACAUCACCGUGGCCCAGUUCAUGUGGAUCAUCAGGAAGAGGAUUCAACUGCCAUCUGAGAAAGCAAUAUUCCUCUUUGUAGACAAGACUGUCCCACAAUCCAGCUUAACUAUGGGACAACUUUAUGAGAAGGAAAAGGAUGAGGAUGGAUUCUUGUAUGUUGCCUACAGUGGAGAGAACACAUUCGGUUUCUGAAUGGUGGGUCUUGGCUACCAUACCAUCCUGCUGUGUAUCUUGUAAAUAGCUGAUCAUUUUCUGUUCUGACAUCCACAGAAGUUCCUCCUAUAUACAUGUAUUUGUAACUGGAUUUAUUUCUUAAUAUAUUGAUAGGUCUUGUUUUAUUAGACUGUUAAAUUAUAAAAAAAAAAAAAGAGUUGUUGUUUUUUGUGCAUUUCUUUUCUCAUGGCUAUGAAUUCCCAGAGCCUCACUCCUUUGGGGGAUACAUAUGACACCGACUAAAUAAUACAGCAAAGUAGUUGGGCUACUAAAACAUGAAAGGAAUACACAUUUAUUCUGUUUUGAGGUGUUAGUUUAAGAAAAAUAAAAACAUUAAAAUAGUAUUGGGAACACUGGAUUUGCUAGCUUAUCCUAAGCAGGAGCAAAAUGCUGAUCAUGUUCAAUUGAGCUAAUAUGUUCCUCUUUCUCAAUUAACAAACAAGUACAAUAAAAAUUCCUGUC